GCACAUUGUCUCGCCAAGUCUUAAGCACCUCAGUUCCAGACGAAACGCAAGUACCAUGAUCUCGAGCAAUCUCAAUCAAUGCUGCAAGAACGGAAACACCUGACAUCUACGAAACGCAUUGAGUCUGGUCCCGGACUGGCACGGACCGCUUUGUCCAGAGGGAUAAGCGGCAUACUUAGGUACCCAACUCCCAGGCAGAUGAAUGAUCUUGAAAUGUAUUGUAGCGUACAAGUAGUGUAGAGGUUAUCGCCAAACAGCCUCGACAAUCGUGUGGCUUUGAUGAAGCAUUCGCUGAGGACUACAUGAGUAAGCAGUGGACACUGACAGACUUGAUCUCCCGGCACCUUCCAUGUGUUCUGGCGAUCGUUUGCCUAACCAGGGCCAACGAGCGCCAGCUUGUUCAGUUGUUUGUUGGCGCUUCGUUUUGGCAGCUUUCCACUGGCCCCGAAUUACCUAGAUCCAUUUUGGGCGCCGCAACCAUGCCAACGACCAAUCAUGUCGUGCCUUUGAAAGCGGCAGGCGCAGGAACGGGGCGGCGGCCGGGCUCGGAGAUGCUGUGAGAGUCACGAUCGCCACGCCUUGG